UUGAAAGGUGGAUUUGUUCCCAGAGAAAAAAGAUUAUGCAUCCAUCGCUGGAGACUCGUAGAAUCGGCGGCGUAGUGAGCACUAGUUACUGCAGUAAGAACACAGUUUUCAACAUGGGUUGAUCAUGAUCGCGUUCAAAACGCCAACUUGAACAACCUUGGAUCUAAGGCACGCAAUUAAGGCUGACAUGGACACCUUAGGUAUUAUUAGGGCGUGCCUGGUGUGAACCUUAGUGCUUUAACGUCUCGCUCGCGGCUCUUCCAGUAAUCCAUCGUGAUGUUCACGACUUUCUCCAUCAAAAACAAGACCGAGGACGUGGCUGUUCGAGCUGAUCAGCCUCGGACCAAAAAGAAGCCCGUCCCACUCGCCUGCGAGUAUUGCAGGAAGAAUCGCGUCAAGUGCGACAACGCCAAACCCUGCCGACACUGCACCUCCAGAAAGCUGAACUGUGUUUACUUGGAGCAUGCUGACGUCCGCGUCCUGGUCAAACAGGUACAGUGCCUGGUCGGCAAGGUCCGCCAUCUCGAAGACCGCCUGGAAGAGGAGCAGCAGAAGACGAAAGCCCUCGCGGUACAGCAAGCCUACAGUCAACACGAUGCAACGUCCAUUCACCUCCGUCCCGCUACCGUCAGUAUCUGCUCGGAUGAUCUAGCCUCUCCCACCGACGAGCCCUCGCUCCGGCUCGACCUGUCCACCAAUGCCUAUGCCGCAAAGAUUGACACCAUCCUCUCGCAGCAACAGGUGUGCGUCCCUCUCAGCGUCGCCUCCAUAACCUCCGGAGCUUCUUUCAACAUCAGCACGCACCAAUUUCUUCCAAGCCCUCGUCUUCCUCUGUCGCGCAAGCUGCAGGACCAUUACAAUCGACUCUAUUGGCGAAGGCUUCACCAAGCACUUCCAGUACUGCAAGCAGACUCGUACAAGGCACAUUAUGCCAUGCUGUGGCAUUCGGAUGGCUCGCGCCACAUAUCUUCCCUUGUAGAUAUCGUGCACGCGCUUGCCGUCCAGUCAGAGUACAGUUCCAAAGUCCCAGAUCUUUCCGAUCAGCCAGGGCUUCUAGAGACCGAUAGCGCUAAAGACAAGGCUCGGUCUCUAGCUAGCUCGCUUUUCCAAUCGUGCUCAGACGUACUCAACAAGGAGCAUGAUUCUCCGACCUGGACUACUCUUCAAUGCUACAUCCUUCAAGUGCAUUACCUCCAUAAUGAAUGGAGACACAAAUCUGCUUACCAAGUCCUAGGCCUGGCAAUCCGGGCCGCACAUAUCCUGGGCUUGCAUCAGAGAGCGCCCCAGGGAACUCCAACUGAUGACCUGAAUACACAAGACCGAAUGCGAGAUCUCCUCUUCUGUCUCGAUACGCAGCAGCUCAUUGAAUAUGGUAUGCCAUGCGGCCUCCCAGAUCGUACCCCAAAACGAUAUAUACCACCACCAGAUCCUGAGAAUAGAGACUUCUGGUUCUAUUACUCGAGCAUGAUGAUCAUUGCCAAAAGCAUACACAAUCAUUUGAACACAGAUUUACAACCUUUAGCGUCACGUCCUACCACGGGUACGAAUUCGGAGAUCGGUUUCGAUGCGUUGAAGCGAAUGGAAGUAGCUUUGCCAAAGCUGUGUCUUGUGGUGGAAGCAUGGGCAGAAUCUCUCCCCCCCAAGUUUCAGCUGACUCAGGCAAAUGGAGAGACAUCCCUGACUAUGAAGCCAGCCAUGCGCAUUGAUCCUGAUGUACCUGUAUGGCAUCUUCGACAAUAUGUCCUGCUGGAUAUCUCGUAUCAUUGGGUUUGUCUGACCCUGGUGCGAUGGUUCUUGGACCCGAAGAGCAAUGUUGAGCCAUCCGAGGUUCAACCUUUCGACCAAUUUGCAAUCCGGGCAGCCCAGCACGCUACAGCUAUCGUGAAAAUCUUAGAUGUUACCAACAACGAGACAGAAGCGCUGCAAGGCUGGCUCAUCGCUCAUCGGAUCGUAUGGGAUGCUGCGCUUGCUCUGAUCGGAUUUCUUCAUGGUAGACCCGGACAUUCGCUUACCGCCGAAGUCAUAUCGGCGCUUACCAUGUCGGGCACAAUCCUAGAAACACAGGGCACGAGGUUCGCCCACGCUGCCUUUCCUGUUAUUCGUGAAGUUCUCCAAAACAUGGAGCCACAGAGCAGCGGUAGCGAAAGUUUAUCAGCGGGCAGCUCGACACUAUCGUCCUCUCGUGACAUGGCACAAUCACCUCCAUCCUUGAGUUAUCCUGACAUAGACCUGGGUGACAUUAUGAAUGACGCACCUCACGAGAUAUUUGAUUUUCCUUCGGUGGACUUUGACCUGAUGCCGAUACUCGGACCGGCGCCGCUAGUCUUGCAAGACCAUAGGACGAGACUUGAAUCCGAAUUACUUGAUUACAUCACUUAGCUCUGUCAGUAUUCGGGAUAUUAAUUCUCCCAAUUGUAAAGUCUUGAGCGUUAGUCUCGGCGUUGUGGGAAACGCUUUCGCCCAGGUCGCGAUGAGGGAAGCGACGCACUCAUUAGGUACCCGUGUCUGACGCAUGUCUCUCAACGAUGGAUGAUGCGCCGUGCAUUUCCUAGGCAAUGCACCCCUG